AUGGAUUUAGUUACGCUAGACAGAAGAGAUGGAAGCUUCCUGGGACAGUACUUGCCGGAAGAUGCAUCACCGCAAUAUGGAGAUGAAUUAGUUGAUGAAGACCGGGAGAGUGACGAUGAUUUACGCAACGAUAGCGGAAGCCCGCGUACUCCUCAUGGUCAUCGCCGUCGUCGUCGUCGUCGUCGUCGCCACCGAAGAGAAACCAUCUAA